AUUAAGAAUCAGCUUGGCCUAAGUUCUCUCCCAUAGCAGCCAUGGCCGAGAAGGGGACAACAAUGGUGCUGAAUGUGGACCUACAGUGCUCAAAAUGCUACAAGAAGGUCAAGAAACUUCUCUGCAAAUUUCCUGAAAUACGAGAUCAGGAGUAUGAUGAGAAGGCAAACAAGGUGACAAUUAAGGUGGUGUGCUGCUCGCCGGAGAAGAUCAGGGACAAGUUAUGCUGCAAGGGUGGUGGCUGCAUCAAGAGCAUUGAGAUAAAAAAGCCAGAUGAAAAGAAAAAGCCAGAUGAAAAGAAGCCACCUCCGCCUAAUCCCAAGCCUCAGCCUCCGACUCAGCCUCCAACUACGCCUAAGCCUAAGCCUAAGGAUGAGCCGGUGAAACUAUCUCUAGAUGUAGAGCUAGGUCUGCAUCUGGAGGGGAGGCCCGUGCCGCUUCCUCCAAAGAUUCUACCGAUUCCAUUGGGGUUUUGUUGUAGUGAUUGCUACAGUGGAAGGCCUGGGGGCCCAUGUUCCCGUGGCUGGCAAGUCCAACACAAUCUGUGUUAUGGGAGACCCGUUUAUGACAGCUGGGGCGGCUAUGGAAGCGGUUGUGGGUACUUUAGUGAAGAAGAUCAACAAGGAUGCUUAAUUAUGUAAAUACCAAUAAUAAAAGUUGACUCAAAAAGACCUGAACCUUAAAAAUAAAAAAGAAAAACAAAAGUGUGUGUGCCUAGUGCAGUGAAUGAUGCAGGUGGGUUUGUUUAUUAGCAAAAAGUGUGUUACUUUUGUCUUAAUAAAGAAUUGGAAGUAAU